UCCGCCACAGCGAUGGCGGCGCCGGGAGCUGCAGCGGCGGCCGUUGUAGCGGCGACUUCAGGAGUCGCGGGCGAGAGCGAGCCCGGGCCCGGAGAGAAUGUGGCCGUCGAGGGGACAGCCCCGUCCCCGGGCCGCGUCUCUCCUCCGACCCCCGCGCGCGGCGAGCCAGAAGUCACAGUGGAGAUCGGAGAAACGUACCUGUGUCGCCGGCCGGAUAGCACCUGGCAUUCUGCCGAAGUGAUCCAGUCUCGAGUAAAUGACCAAGAAGGCCGAGAGGAAUUCUAUGUACACUACGUGGGCUUUAAUCGGCGACUGGACGAAUGGGUAGACAAGAACCGACUGGCGCUGACCAAGACAGUAAAGGAUGCUGUGCAGAAGAACUCUGAAAAGUACCUGAGUGAGCUGGCCGAGCAGCCUGAACGCAAGAUCACACGAAACCAAAAGCGCAAGCAUGAUGAGAUCAACCAUGUGCAGAAGACAUAUGCAGAGAUGGACCCUACAACAGCAGCCUUGGAGAAGGAGCAUGAGGCGAUCACCAAGGUGAAGUAUGUGGACAAGAUACACAUUGGGAACUAUGAAAUCGAUGCCUGGUACUUCUCACCGUUCCCUGAGGACUAUGGGAAACAGCCCAAGCUCUGGCUCUGCGAGUACUGCCUCAAGUACAUGAAGUAUGAGAAGAGCUAUCGCUUCCACCUGGGCCAGUGUCAGUGGCGACAGCCCCCAGGGAAAGAGAUCUAUCGCAAGAGCAACAUCUCUGUGUAUGAAGUAGACGGCAAAGACCACAAGAUUUACUGUCAGAACCUGUGUCUGCUGGCCAAGCUUUUUCUGGACCACAAGACGCUGUACUUCGACGUGGAGCCUUUCGUCUUUUACAUUUUGACUGAGGUGGACAGGCAAGGGGCCCAUAUCGUCGGCUACUUCUCUAAGGAGAAGGAGUCCCCAGAUGGCAACAAUGUGGCUUGCAUCCUUACCCUGCCUCCUUACCAGCGUCGCGGCUAUGGGAAGUUCCUUAUCGCUUUUAGUUAUGAGCUGUCCAAGCUGGAGAGUACGGUAGGUUCCCCGGAGAAGCCGUUGUCUGACUUAGGCAAGCUCAGCUAUCGCAGCUACUGGUCCUGGGUCCUGCUGGAGAUCCUCCGAGACUUCCGGGGCACACUGUCCAUUAAGGACCUUAGCCAGAUGACCAGCAUCACUCAGAAUGACAUCAUCAGUACUCUACAGUCCCUCAACAUGGUCAAGUACUGGAAGGGUCAGCAUGUGAUCUGUGUCACGCCCAAGCUGGUGGAGGAACACCUCAAAAGUGCCCAGUAUAAGAAACCACCCAUCACAGGUGGGUGGGGGGGCUGCUGCUGUGUGUGUGUGUAUGUGUGUGUGUGUGCGCGCGCAUGCGCUGCUGUGUUAAAACUGCCCAAGCCAAGGCCUCCUUUUUUGCUGUCACAUGAUCCCAAACCAGUUAGACCAGCUCUGAGGACUGGAGCCUGGGGCAGACUAGUCAUUCCUGGGCUUUCUGCCCCUGCCCAGGACUCAAUCUGCCCUUUUGUUCUCACCUGGAGGAGGUGAAACCUGGCCUGGGCCCAGAGCAGCACAGCCAGGUGGGAGGCAGCCUGGCCCCUGGAGGCCCAGCCUCCUCUCUGUUCCCCUUCUCCCCACAGUGGACUCUGUCUGCCUCAAGUGGGCACCCCCCAAGCACAAGCAAGUCAAACUCUCCAAGAAGUGAGUGGCCGGUGCCCCCUGCUGUUGGACUCAUGCCUCCUGGCCCCUAUCCUGUAAAUAGAUGUACAGACUUAUUUGUUCAUGGAUCAUUUUUUAAAUAAAGUCAGUUCUGUGGGUGGCUGUUGUCUGGACUUUGGUGGCGAGAGGGAGGAGCCAAGA